GGAACGCCUACGUUCCUUCAGUAAAAAGAGUUCGAUACAAUGAACAGACAACUUUUGUUGGGAAAUAACAGGGGAAGUACCAGGUAACAGCAGAUUGCACCAUUUCCGUAGGCUUGAAGAAGGCGAAUAUUAAGGAACAAACAAUCCCUGAAGGUUUAAAAGGUGGUUGCAUACAAUGACAAAACCGCUUUUGGGCUAGUUAGUUUUAUUUCAAGUUUCAGAUAUGCAGAAAGACACCACAACAACCUCGUUUUUUAUUACCAUUUGCAUAGUGAUUUUUGUAAGCCAUGUUUGCACAGCCAUUCCUGUCAGCAAGCAGACCAAUGUAACACAACCUGAUAUCCAAAGUGAUGAUAAGGAACCAUCAUUCAGCUACAACUACCAUGACGACGGCCAAGUUUUCAAUCUAGACGUGCCUUCAAACAAAGAAGAUUUAGUUGAUAAAUCAUAUUUUUCAACUCCUAGCUUCUACAGAAAGGUGUCGCAAGUUGUUCAGAAUAGUACAGCUGCAGAUCUUAAAUGUGCCAUUAAACAUGGUAGGUAUUUCAUUCAAGACCUUCAAGGUGGUUUGAGUUGUGUUCAUUGCAAUGAAUACUGUGAGAAUCCCGUGGAUGGAAUGAAAAAGCUAUGCAAGAAUCACUGCAACGACUUCAUGGAGCGAAUGAUAACAAACAAGGAAAUGCAGGAAUUGCAUCAUGAAAACAAGAAAUUAAGAAGUGAACUGAAAACCAGCAAUGCAAUAGCAAUAAUGAGCAUAAUGAUGUCCAUAAUCACCUUCAUUGGUUGCGCAAUAAUCAUGUGUUACAUGAGAUAUCAUCUUCACCAAAACUACCAGCACCGUUAUCAUCGUUGCCCCGAUCCAAAAGGAAACCAGGUAACAGAUGAUACAGCCGGGGAAGACAGUAUUCAAUAUGGACCAGCAUUUCAAGCCACAGAUCACAAUGAAGCGGAGGGUAGUGGUUUAUUUGCGUGGUGCCGCCGAUUUUACAAUUGUGCUACAACUAACUAAGAUGGACUUUAAAUGACAUUUAAAAUGGGACAUUUCAAAAUUGUUGCUUAAAAAUAAAAUGGUACACACAACUUUUUUUACUAUCUCAACUGUUUUUAUUUUUCUGGAAAAACUAACUACCAUUUCAUUCCUACGUUUAGGCAACAGUAAUAUUGCAUAAAAUCUACUGUGGUUUGCAACUUCCAAAUAUUUUGUUUAAAUGUCAUUCACCGACAACCUGAACUGGGCGUUGAACCAUUGCUACACAAAUAAAGCCACAGCAAAUUUAUGAAACAAGUGUGAUAUACCACCCGGUAGGAAACAGUUUAUAGGGUAUGCUAUAUAAUUAAUAAUAUAUAUCAAUUAUGCAUAAUUGCAUAUAUAUAUAUAUAUACAUAUACAUAUAUACAACAAUAAUAUAUUUCAAUUUUCAAAUUAAAUAAUUAAACGAGAUUCGCAUUACGAGAAGGGCACUGGAAUACUUUGGAACUACAUGAAUAGUUUAAUAAAUAAACACAUAAGUUAUAGAUGGGGGGUUAUCAAUAAUUAUGCAUUUGGUGUCCAUGUGUUAUUUAAAAUAUUUUGCUGAAUUUGAACUUUCGACGUUUAGCCAUGAAUUACAUGUACAAAGUAUC